AUGCUGUAUAAUUUAUCUACUAUGUUGAUGAGAAAGAACUUGCUGCUGACAGGUGGCAUGGAUCGCAUAAUUAGAGUCUGGAAUCCUUAUCUACCUGGAAAACCAACAGGUAUGCUGAAAAGCCACACAGCUCCUGUGAUCUACAUCCAUGUAUCUGCUGAGGAAAACAAAAUAUUUUCCAUGUCCAUGGACAACGCUGUUAAGAUCUGGGAUCUGGAGACCUACAGCUGUGUGUUUACUGCGUCUUCCAAAGCCAGCGGUAUUAAGGGAGAGUUCGCAGCCUGCCUUUACCUCCCCAACUCCAGAGCCCUGUGUGUAGCCACGGAUGCCGUUGCACUCCUGCACCUGAGACUGAGAUGUCCCCCAGAGUCUCACCUGGUUGUUUCCCACAAAGAGCCCGUGGUGUGUUGCCGGUACAACUCUGCCUUCCAGCAGGUGGUUAGCUGCUCAGAAGCAUCUGUGGUGAAAGUAUGGGAUUUUGAAACAGGAAGACUGCUGUCUGAGUUCAUGGGGGCCCAUGGCAAUGCUGGAAUCACCUGUCUGACCUUCGACUCCAGUGGAAGAAGGCUAGUUACUGGGGGCAGAGAUGGCUGUCUGAAGAUCUGGAGCUACAACAACGGGCACUGUCUCCAUACCCUGAAGCAUGAUGAAAAGCAAAGUGAAGUCUGUGAUUGUAUCUACUUGGAGGUGAACCAAAAUAAGUGCAUCAUAGCUGUUGGAUGGGAUCGAAGAAUAAACGUCUAUUUUGAUGCACCACGUGACUUUCAUCACUUCUGGAAGCCACAGCCACACUGGAAGGAUGACCUGAACCAUGGGCACCAGGAGGACAUCCUUUGUGUGGCUCAAUGUCCACCUUUUCUUCUUGCCACUUCCAGUUACGAUGGGGAAAUUAUCAUCUGGAAUGUCAUCUCAGGCCACAUGUACUGCAAGCUGAAUACCCCCAGUCCCUCUGAUGGUACAGGGGAGAGAGAAGACCCAGACCGAAGUGUUUCCUGCCUCACCUUCCUGAAGACUCGGGCAGUCAAGUUCGAAACAGCUGCUGCUUCCCUGAUGGCUAAUGGGGCCCAAGGUUCUGUCACCUUCUGGAGGCUGUUCGGCAGUGCCUGUCCCAUUGCAAACUUCACUCCUUCCAAUAACAAGGCCCGAGUCAGCAGCAUGGCAGUGACAGCAGGAGACGCACUCGCUUACGUGGCUGACCAAGAAGGAUUUGUGCGCGUCUAUGACAUCAAGGAGUAUGGCCUUCAGGGACCUGAGCUGCAUGCCCCCAAAAAUGUGAUGUUCUGGCGGGCUCAUGUCAACAUGGUGACAUCCUUGGAGCUGAUAGAAGAAAGGGUUCUGUUGUCAGCUUCCCUCGACCACACCGUGCGCCUGUGGAGCCGGGACGGGGAGUAUAUAGGGACCUUUGGGCAGAGUAGCCCCUGGGACAUUUUCACUCCUGACUCCUGGAGUCACCCUAGAGUGCCAUGUGAAAUUCUGACAGAUCCCCAGAGCAUGCCUGCUCACCCAGUGCUCGCAGGAGGUGUUCCGGCCAAGCACACAAGAAAGGAGGAGGGAGAUGACAUGACGGAAGAAAAGGCCAGUGCUAAGCCUGAAACGACCUUUAACUCCCCAGGAGACUCCACCCUUGAAGUUGAAGUGAAAGCAGACAUGCAUCAACGGUAUGCACUUUGCGGGGGCAGAUCAGCCUAA